ACCACAUAUCCGGCUGGGGCUCUUUCACAAUGACAACAUGGCUGCCUUCUGCAGGGGCAGACACCGGUGGAAAAGGACUAACGUUAGUUGUUUGCAUGUUUUGACAAGAAACCUGACAGGAAAGUAUGACUAUGACCUGGUGGUUAUUGGUGGUGGGUCAGGAGGCCUUGCCUGUUCUAAAGAAGCGGCACAGGUGGGACAGAAAGUUGCUGUUUUAGAUUAUGUGGAGCCAUCUCUUAAAGGCACCAAGUGGGGUCUCGGUGGUACAUGUGUUAAUGUUGGCUGCAUUCCUAAGAAGCUCAUGCACCAGGCUGCUCUACUUGGCAGUGCAGUCAAAGAUGCUAAGAAGUAUGGCUGGCAGAUCUCAGGGCCAGUCUGCCAUGACUGGGCCACCAUGGCAGAGGCUGUUCAGAACCACGUCCGGUCUCUGAACUGGGGUCACAGAGUUCAGCUCCAGGACAAGAAGGUGAAGUACCUGAACCUCAAAGGAAGCCUGGUGGAUGAACAUACUGUUAAAGGAUUAACUAAAGCAGGGAAAGAGACAAUCCUGACUGCCAAAAACAUUGUAAUCGCCACUGGUGGACGGCCCAAGUACCCCACAAACAUCCCUGGAGCAAUGGAGCACGGCAUUACCAGUGACGACAUCUUCUGGCUGAAGAAGUCGCCCGGGAAAUCGCUUGUGGUUGGAGCCAGCUAUGUGGCUCUGGAGUGUGCAGGCUUCCUCACUGGCAUUGGCUUGGACACCACAGUGAUGGUUCGCAGCAUCGCCCUCCGGGGGUUUGAUCAGCAAAUGUCAGGUCUAGUGACAGACUACAUGGAGACAUAUGGGACCAAGUUUGCAUGGAAGUGUGUCCCAAAGAGAGUGGACAAACUCUCCUCAGGAGCUCUGCAGGUGACCUGGACUGAUACCCACACGGGCAACGAACACAAGGACACCUACGACUCUGUGUUAUGGGCAGUUGGCAGAGCCCCUGAAACCAAAGCCCUGGGCCUGGACAAGCUUGGUGUGCAACUCAACAAGGAGACGGGGAAAAUAGUCGUGGGCGCUGACGAAUCCACCUCGGUGCCGAACAUCUAUGCUUUCGGUGACAUCAGCGAGGGUCGUCCUGAAUUGACCCCAACAGCUAUUAAAGCGGGAAAGCUCCUCGCCCGCAGACUGGCUGGUCACAGCACUGAGCUCAUGAACUACGACAACGUGGCCACCACGGUGUUCACCCCCCUCGAAUAUGGCUGUGUGGGUUUAUCUGAGGAGGAGGCUGAGAAGAGGCAUGGAAAAGACAGUAUAGAGGUCUACCAUGCUUUCUACAAGCCUCUGGAAUUCACUGUAGCAGAGCGUGACGCCAGCCAGUGUUACUUAAAGGUGGUAUGUGAGCGGGGUGGAGACCAGAAGAUCCUGGGUCUGCACUUCACAGGUCCAAACGCUGGAGAAAUGACACAAGGCUUUGCUCUGGGCUUUCAGUGUGGAGCAACGUAUUCCCACCUGUUGCAGACAGUAGGCAUCCACCCAACCUGUGCCGAGGAGGUGGUCAAGGUCAACAUCACAAAACGUUCCGGCUUGGACGCCACGGUCACCGGCUGCUGAGGUUAAGCACCUCGGCCUCUGAACACGAGUGAGCACACAAGGUCCCUCUGUGGCUUUAGAAAGAAGUUAACUUUGGUUUAUUCUGCUUUUUCUCCUCGUCCCUCUCCUAUAUGGCCCCAAAAUGGCCCCCAGUUUUACGGUGCUCUCUGAGAUCUCUCUAAACUCUCUUCAGUCCUGCAGGUCAUCACUGGCCGCCCAGGUUAGUGUUACUGACACAUCAUGUGAUAACCAAGACUAUGAUUAUCUCAUACACAUGCAGGUUGUGAGUGUAUGUUCUAAAAGCACAGGGCUAUAGAUCAGGUUAGUGAGAGCUCUGGCUGCAGAGCGAGCGUCUUUUAAAUAAACAGGCUCAUCAAUCAGAAUUAAGGCCUGCGCGCAGGGUUUUGUUGAAAUCGUACGAGAACCGUGGACUGAGCCUUAACGUUUUUCUGAAUAUAUAUUCUGCAAAUAUUGUUGUUUCUCUGGCUGUACUUCCUGUCCAUUAGUCUUGGAGGUGACACAUACCAUACACCCCCACAACCCCCUCCCCCUAUGACACUGAUGGAUAGCCCCAGGGCCGUCGCCGCAGCGACACCGCCCCAUUUCCCAUGGACACACACAAACAGUCGGUGGGCCGCCUGUCAGUCAGCCAGCUAAGACCUGGCCAGGGAGCUCCGGCUUGUUUAGAGCCCAGCAGACCCCUUCCUUUUCCUCCCAUGCCCUUAUCCAUCCCACCGCACGAAAGAAUACAGAGGGACUCCAAACAUGUGCUGUCAAAAGCUGUGUGGAUGCCACAGCCCAGGCACAGGGCAACUCUACCCAUUGACAUCAGUGCUGUGAGAGCUCUGCUAGAACUGUACUACUCAGCCUCAUCCAAAGGUGGCACUAUUGCCCUCCAGUUCUCCCCCUUUUUUUGGAAGACCAGAUAAAGUAGUCACUGGAUAAAACAUAAGCCUGAAUACAUUCAGGUUGCACAUUUAAUCCCUUUAAUCCCUAUAAAAGAUAUGUGCUAUUGGAUGACGUUUGAAGGCAGACUGGCUUUAUUGGUGCCAAACUGAUAAGGGUUAUCUGUUGUGUAUUUACAUGGAUGGCAGGUAAGGCCUAAAGAGUCAUCACCCUAGAAGAUAAGGCAAGUUGUUUAUAUCAAUAAAGCAGUAACAGUGAGCCAAAGUGCUCAAAUGUUCAACCUGCUGGCUCUACUGGACAUCUUGGGUUUAUUAAGUAGAGGAUGAGGAGGAGGCGGAGGAGGAGGACUGUCAAUAAUGUGCAUUGCUACAGAAAUUGGGGGACCUAAGAGGAGGCUGCUGGGCGUAGUUUAUUAUUUUUUUUAAGUCUAAUCUGCCCAGUCUGAUUAAUGUUUUCGAUGAGGGGAGUGACAGUGUGCCAGGAGACGGAGAGAGGAAAGAGAGAGAGAAAGAGAGGUACCAGGUUUAUUUGGACCUGGGCCAGAGGAGAGAGAGCCGAGUUUCAGUCCUGGUUAGGGAGGGAAGGGGGGAUUCCUGUGUGCUCUGUUCAGGGCUGAGGUGCUGACUGAAGGACCCUGACCUCCGCUCAGCAGGAACAGCUUGACUCUAUCACUCGGAGCACAGAGGGCUCACAUGCUGCAGCACUGCACGGCAGGGGCCUGGGGGGCUCAGGGUGGAGGGGGCUUAGGAUGGCCAGGGGACGGACAGAGCCAACCAACCAGCCAACCAACACAACACUGAGCGGUAGCGGUGUGUUUGCCCAGGGUAAUUGAGUCUAUGUUCCUGUGCUUAACGAGCCACUUCAGAGACCUCAGGGUGGACCCAAGGCAACGUGAGGGAAGUUAUUGAGGCCAUCAGUGUAACUGUAAUGUCUGUUUGCUUUUUACCCUCCACUUCCCUUCUGCCUUUUCUCAUCCGCUUUAUUAUUUUAUACACAGUGUGGCUGCUCACAUCCUCAAAAAUGAAAUAGUAUUCAAUUCAUAUUAUGAAAUCGGUCCAAUUUGAAUGAUCUGUUCAUUGUUGUCACUCCAGGCCCAAGACUUGACCAGUUAGCCUCAGCUGUGCCCCACAGACGGGGGAGGUCAGGGUUCAACUUUCAGGUCGGCCAGCUAAUGAUGACCUGCGCUAAAACCCACAACUGGGGAGUGCAGGCCUGAUGUCACCUGGCUGCCAACUUUUCUAGUUGUAAAUAGAGAAGUGUAAUUUUCCAUUAAAGCUUUGUUAUACAUAAUUUAUAUGUAAAGUAAUGCACAGUGUCACCAUUAAAGUAAUGAUUCCCACUGA